AUGAGCGGAAUCUUGUCCAGCUUAGCUAUGGGCGACCGCAGAGCCCGGACGUCUGACGCCGUCCUGAAUAUCGUCACUGCUGGUGCACUUGCCUUCGUCUCCUACUUCUUCGUCAAAAAUCUCCUGUCGUCAUUCGCAAACACCCUCGCCGACCCAGAGAAGGAAAAGCACGAGCAAGCCAGAAUAAAAGCGCAAGCGAACCUGUCCCGGUUACGGCGAAAUAGGAACAACGAAGAUGGAACGGACGGCACAGACUCGAGCGGUUCGCGAAAGGGGCCACGUAUCGAGGACAUUCAACUGAACGAGUACGAGGCCAUGGUCGCACUCGAGGUCGUCGCCCCAGAGGACAUCCCAGUCGGGUUUGAUGACAUCGGCGGCCUGGAGGAUAUCAUUGAGGAGCUCAAGGAAUCCGUCAUCUAUCCGCUAACAAUGCCGCACCUAUACUCACACGCCGCGCCGUUGCUUUCUGCGCCGUCAGGGGUGCUGCUCUACGGCCCUCCUGGUUGUGGCAAGACAAUGCUUGCGAAGGCGGUGGCGCAUGAGAGCGGUGCCUCCUUCAUCAACCUUCACAUAUCGACGCUGACGGAGAAAUGGUACGGAGACUCCAACAAGCUGGUCAGGGCCGUAUUCUCCCUGGCGCGAAAGCUGGAGCCGGCAAUCAUCUUCAUCGACGAGAUCGACGCGGUGCUGGGGACGCGGAGGAGCAACGAGCACGAGGCGAGCGGAAUGGUCAAGGCUGAGUUCAUGACGCUCUGGGACGGCUUGACAUCCUCGAAUGCAGCGGGAGUCCCGUCUAGGAUAUGCGUGCUCGGCGCGACGAAUCGCAUACAUGACAUUGAUGAGGCCAUCCUGCGAAGGAUGCCGAAGAAGUUCCCGGUCCCACUUCCAGACAAGGAUCAACGACGUCGCAUACUGCAGCUAGUCUUACAGGGCACGAAGCGCGACCCGUCGUUCGAGCUGGAGUACAUAGCGAAGGUCACGGCAGGCAUGUCGGGCAGCGACAUCAAGGAGGCCUGCAGAGACGCGGCCAUGAUCCCGAUGCGGGAAUCUAUUCGAGAGCAUCGAGCUUCGGGCCACUCGAUGUCUGGUAUCAGUCCCGAUCGGAUAAGAGGCCUAAAGACGGAAGACUUCUUCGGCAGGAAAGGGGGUGGCCAGAUUCUGAUGCAAAACCACGAGCGCCACUCGUCGCAAAGGGCGGCUGCUGCUGCUGCUUCCAAAUCCUCGAGCGACGAGUAUGAGGAUAUCGAGGAGCAGGUUGGUGAAGCUCCAGAUUGA